UUUGUUCGGUCCGAGAGAGAGACAAAGUAGAUAGAGGGGGGUAUUUUUGGAGUUUUGAAAAAAGAGUCAUAUUUUUCAUAGUGUAAAAUGUAUUGGUUCAAAAAAAAAUUUUUUAAACAUUUUUAAGUAUAGAAAAUCAAAUUUCCCUUCCAAAAUGCAAAAUCCACAUCCACAAAACAUAACAAAUUACCACUUUCGGGUUUGUACGGACACACUAUAAAUGGAACCAAACCGUUACCCCUUUGCUGUAAGUUUUGUAAUUAUGAAAGCCUCACGUUUUUUUGUUUCUUCUAGAUAUAUUCGUUUGACAGAACACGCUACUCUUUUUCGGCCAAAGACCAUUUAAUAUUUUAUUGAAACGGUUUAAUUAUUUUCUUAGUGCAGUAAAACAAAUCACUUCCCAAAACCCAUUAACAUUAACAAAAAGCCAAAAAUACUAAACCCACGCUUCUCAUGCAUCUCUCUCUCUCUCUCUAAUAAUUAACCUAUUAACAUUAAACAUAACCCAAUUAAUACCCUCCUCUUUUUCUCUCUAAAAUGUUUCACAGUUUCCCAAACACCCACCACCACUAUCCAUAUUCCAUGUGAAGACUUUGAAACAAAAUGGCCCAUUUCAAUGGCCACUCAUCAAAUCAAGUCUACCUCGUCCUUGUCAACGUCAUCAAUAUCAUGCAUGAAAGUUCAAACACCACACUGCAACCUUUAUUUUAGUCCUCAAACUAUGUUCAUUUCUCCCUCUCACUCACAGACAAAAGCUUCCAUCUUUCUCUGUAUUUGGCCAUGACAUACCUCAACCCAACACUUCCUCAACUAUUGUUCUUCAUAUCUUCUUUGUGGGUUAUUUUAACUGCCGCAUCACUCGCCGGAGACACUGAUAUUUUGAUUCGGGUCAAAAAUGCCCAACUCGAAGACCCGAAUGGAGCUCUUGACGAUUGGGUUCCCAACAAGGACCGUCAUCCCUGCAACUGGACGGGAAUCACUUGUGACCUUAAACCUCUCGCCGUAGUUUCGGUUAAUCUAUCUGCAACAGGAGUUCGUGGUGGAUUUCCGUCCGGGUUUUGUCGGGUUCGGAGUCUCCGGAAUCUGAUUCUUUCGAAUAACGAAAUCAACGGGACUCUGUCUUCUCAGGCACUCUUGUUAUGUUCUCACCUCCAAUACCUCGACCUCAACAACAACCUCCUCGUCGGGCCAUUACCGGAAUUCUCGCCGGAAUUCAGCAGUUUACAGUAUCUCGACCUGUCGGCAAAUAGCUUUUCCGGCAAUGUUUCCGAAAGCUUGGGGUUCCUUUCGUCUCUAUCAGUGCUUCUUUUGUCGUCUAACUAUCUCACUGGCCAGAUUCCAUCGUCUUUAGGGAAUCUCACCGAGUUAAUUACUUUGGGUAUUGGUUACGUUACUCUGAACCAGAGUUCUCUGCCGCCAGAGAUCGGGAAAUUGACCAAGCUCCAGACUCUUUUCAUGCCGUCAUGUGGACUCUCCGGGAGCAUACCAGAGACCAUUGGGAAUCUGGUUCAGCUGAAAAUCUUUGAUCUCUCUGAAAAUCAACUGUAUGGAAAAAUCCCAGAAACCAUCGGGGGAAUGAAAAAUAUUGAGCAAAUUGAGCUUUAUAGCAAUAGAUUAACCGGCGAGUUGCCUGUAAGUUUGGGGAGCUUGAGUUAUUUGAGUAAUUUAGAUGUAUCUCAGAACUCUCUCACAGGGAAAUUACCGAAGGAGGUUGCAGCACUGGGUUUGGUAUCAUUAAAUCUUAACGACAAUUUCUUCCAAGGGGAAGUUCCUGAAAGUUUAGCCUCUAAUAAAUAUCUUCAGCAGUUAAAGAUCUUUAACAAUAGUUUCUCCGGUAACCUUCCAGAAAAUCUUGGCCGCAACUCUGACUUGCAAGAAAUCGAUUUCUCCACGAACAAGUUCACCGGUGAGUUGCCUAAGCACCUCUGUUAUAGUAAAAAGCUUUGGAGCCUUGUCGCUUUCAGCAACAAAUUCUCGGGAAAUUUUCCAACUACUCUAAGCGAAUGUACUACUUUAACUUACCUGAGGAUUGAAGACAAUGAGUUUUCCGGUGAAUUUCCUGCCCGAGUAUGGGGUCUUCCCAAACUUUACUUCCUCAAACUCAAUCACAAUAGAUUUGAGGGCUCUGUUUCCUCUUCCAUAUCUGGCGCCAAUAAUCUCACCACACUGUUGCUUACCGGCAACAAAUUUUCUGGCCAGUUACCGGCGGCUAUAUGUAAACUAAGUCAGCUCGUGAGUUUAUCAGUAGAUAACAAUCAGUUCUCCGGUGAUUUACCUCUCUGUAUUACGGAGCUUAGAAAGUUACAGAAACUUGUAAUGGCGGAAAACAUGCUCACCGGGAAAAUACCCAGUUCGGUACAUUCGUGGACCGAGUUGGUUGAGCUGAAUCUAUCUAAAAACCAAAUUUCCGGCGAAAUCCCGCCGGAGAUAGGUACUUUACCGGUUCUGAACUAUCUCGACCUUUCUGAUAAUCUCCUCAGUGGUGAGAUUCCAACGGAGUUGACCAAGCUGAGACUCAAUGAGUUCAGCCUUUCGAACAAUAAGCUUCAUGGAAAAGUCCCUUCGGGUUUGACUCAACCCCAAUACAUUGCGGGUCUAACCGGAAACCCGGAUCUCUGUAGCCCGAAUUUCACACCUUUCCCACCAUGCUCCAGACCCAAACCCGCUACCCUAUACGUGGUCAUAAUACUCUCCAUCUGUGCCGCUCUUUUAAUCGGGUCACUGCUCUGGUACGUUAGGAAAAAAUCUGAUCUAUUCGGACCCAAACCCAAAAGGCUCUGCAAACUCACCACAUUUCAACGGAUGGGACUGAACGAAGAGGAAGUGAUUGUGCCACUGACUGAAGACAAGUUGAUUGGAUCGGGUGGUUCGGGUCGGGUAUACAAAGUGAAGCUAAAAACGGGUGAAACCGUGGCUGUAAAGAAACUCUGGAAUGGGGAGAAAAAAGAGGAUACGGAUAAAAUAUUUGAAUCCGAAAUAGAGACUUUGGGUCGGAUCAGGCAUGGCAACAUCGUAAAAUUACUGUUUAGUUGUAGCGGUGAGGAUAACAGAAUUUUGGGGUACGAGUACAUGGAGAAUGGAAGUUUGGGUGACGUGUUACACGAAGAGAAGUGCGCAAGUUUAUUGGAUUGGCCACAACGGCUCACGAUAGCACAGGGAGCGGCACAAGGCUUAGCUUAUCUUCAUCACGACUGCGAUCCGGCUAUUGUACACCGGGAUGUGAAGAGUAACAACAUAUUGUUGGACAGGGAGUUCAGGCCCCGUGUGGCCGAUUUCGGAUUGGCUAAGUCUCUUCAGCGCCACGUGGCGGACGAGGAAGCCUAUGGUGCCAUGUCACGUGUUGCUGGGUCCUACGGCUACAUUGCGCCUGAGUAUGCUUACACUUUGAAAGUGAACGAGAAGAGUGAUGUGUAUAGUUUUGGAGUUGUGCUAUUGGAACUAAUCACAGGGAAGAGACCCAACGAUUCUUCUUUUGGUGAUAACAAGGACAUAGUGAAGUGGGUAACCGAUGUCACUUUAUCUUUGUCAUCAUCACCACAAGAAGAUCCAACAAAAAGAAGCCAUGAUGAUUCAGGCAGUAGUACUAAUCCUUGGAAAUUUCUUGAUCAACUUGUUGACCCAAGGAUGGAUUUAACCACUAGUGAUUAUGAGGAGAUAGAGAAGGUUUUGGAUGUGGCUCUUAUGUGUACCUCUAGGAUUCCCCUUAGUAGACCUUCUAUGAGAAAGGUGGUGGAAUUGCUCAAACUCAAGGACCAGAAAUUGGCUCGCUCCAAAACCAUCAACUAGUUAAUUACUUAAUUAGUACAGUUUGGUGAAAGAAAUAGGCAAAACAAGUUUUCUUUUUCACCAUGUUGUAAUUAUUCGGAUUAGCUAGUCAUUCAGUUUUUGUUUGAUUUUAGAAGAACUGCACAAAGUUCAGUCGGAAAUUAGACAAACUUUGGUGUUUUCUCUUUUUCCAUUAUUAUUACUAUAAAUUAUGUUUUCAGGGUAA